GAUUGCUGCCGGAGAUUGGUGCCUUUCUUGUCUCCGUUCUCGGAGACAGAAAAGGGCAUAGCUUUACAAUCGAAUACAUUUAUCAAAUGUCAAACGCUGCAAGAAGCCUUACCCCACCAGGGAGAGACAUGCAGAGAGUUCUUGUCUCAGUUUAAGUAUUGUAAUAGCAAUUUGGUAAAAAUCCAUUUUAUUCUCCUCAAUCCAGGAAUGAAAGGUGCUGAACAAGAUUGGGGCCCUUCUGACCAGGCAGCUGAACAAGGCUAUUUUCUUAAAGAGGAGUUCCAUUAUCUGGACGUUACUCAGAUCAGAAAGUUCACGAUAUUCGACAUGUUUCGUUGCGCCCUGGCGUGCCUACGAAAUAAUUUGUGCCUCUCUUUAAACACAGCUUCUUCUCGUGGAACAGAAGGAAAACUUUGGUGCGAAUUACUGUCCUCCGAUAAGAACAGAAACGCUGAGAACUACCACAAAAACACGAGUUCGCAUCAUUUUUCAAUUCUGCGGGUAAGAACACUUUAACCAUUGUGUUAAAACUCUAACACAAGGCAUUUGCAAGGGAAAGUAUUUAAACGCAUUUGUUCUCGACGAGGCAUGCUCAUUCACAGCUAUCGCAAGUACUGUUCAAGUAUUCACUGCGUGGUCUUAGCAAUCAUUUCCUCUCUUUUAGUCUCCAUGUUCUUCAUCGCCGUGUCAAAACAAAGGAACCUGCAUCCCGAAUUUUAACUCCAACACUUUUGAUUGUCUUUGUAAUGAAAGUUUCUUGGGAGAAUUUUGCGAGAAAGGUAAUUCAUGAAUAUUUUUAAAUAUCUUACUCUCUCUCUUCCAUACUUUUUUUAACAGUAGAAUACAUCUGGCUCUGACAUCACACUCUAUCUUUCAGCUGUAAAAUCAUGCAAGGAAGCGUACGAAGCAAACAAGUAAGAGGCUUUCACUGCUGGCUCAUUUGAACAGAUCUUUCCUAAAAAACCCUAUCUUUUGUCACACUGGAGAUGCAGAGGUGGCCAGCUGGUUAAAACCACGUUGGAUCUUAAGAACGGAGCUCGGCGACGUAUCAGUCAGGAAGUUUAAAAAGUACAAAUGAUAAAGAUUGGCAUCAUAAGAGAGUCAAUUACUUAAGUAUCUACUCCACUUGUAUUCAACAGAUCAAACGUGAGUAGACUGGUUUCUCUUCAUCUGGGCUCACAGCCAACGACAGUUCUUUGUCACAUGGGAGAUUUUGGAUGCGGAGAUGGAGGAUGGACGCCAGUCAUGAAGAUUAACGGCAACAAGGUACCAUUUGGAAUCGAUCUUAUAUCGAUUAAGUAUCAUGAUCUUUCACUAAGAGGUAUUCAUCGACGACGUAAACGAUUGGUCGUAGGAUUUUGGGGGGAUGAGUUGUCACUAACGGAGUAUAACGGGGUGGAGACUAUAUAAAUCUGACUGCUAAUAAGAGGGGAUUAUUAUAAUACAAAGGAGCCCAAGAGAGGGGGGGGGGGCAAAAUGUAUGAUUGUGACACGAAAAAAAUCCUCCAGUCCCUCCCUGGUGAUAAAUAAUGACCGCUACCUAAAUUGGCUCCAAUUAACUCUGCAUGAAUAUUGAUGACGAAAUAAUGCCACACGUUAUUUCACCAAGUCAUACAUAUUUCAUGAUCCUUAUUUUCCCUUCAUUGCGAGGUAAAUCCUAGCGAAAACAAACAGCUAAUUUGGGAAGAGAAAUUUAUGAUCGUCACGAACUGUCUUAAAACGAGCAGGCUAAUACGAGGGAUAAAUAAAAAACCAAUAAUAAAUUUUAAUCAUAUUAUAAAUUAUUCUCCCAGAGUACCUUUCACUAUGAUUCUGGUUACUGGAGUAAUAAAAUAGAAUUCAACACUGCUGGAGGGGAGACUGGAUUCGACUCACAAGAGACCAAGUUGCCUACUUACUGGGACACAUCCUUCUCAAAGAUCUGUCUCAGCAUGAAGAUCGGCGGACAGAUCAGGUUCACUGUAAUCAACAUGAAAGCUAGCUCUCUUUACUCAUUGAUCGCUGACGGGAAAAACCGAAGCACCUCAUUGGGUCGUGACACGUGGAAGAAGCUUAUUGGCUUAGAGGCCUCGUUGCAGGUUUACUGUAACACGGAAGGGUUCAAUAUUAUCUGUAGAGAGUCUGUUAACUCCAAAGCAAGAAUCGGUAUCACUGCUAACAACCAGGAUGACUGCUUCUCUUGCGACUCCAGGAUUGGAUUUGGUACAGGAGGAAAACAUGAUCCCAAUAACACCUGUGGAAACGAGGCUACUCAUAAACCGGAUAAUGGAGAUAAACACAUUAAAGCCAUGGGUUACAUUUUGGUUUAUUGA